ACCAAUUCUUGUCAAUAUUAAUGAACAACGUUGUACAAAAGCUUCUGAUUGUUCAACAAUAUCUAAUUCACCAUUAUGUGUGCUACCAUAUAUGCCUGCUGGAUUCCCUAGACCUUUAAGAAUAUAUUAUAGAGACUCGCCUUGGAUUAAUCAAAAUAACGAUCAAGAAAACGUUUUAUUAUACAUGGGUGAUUUACAAGUUGUAUGGGAAAUUGUUGGUAUUCUUCAAUCUAGAUGGUCAUGGGUGCCUUUAUGGAUACCAAUGUCAACAGAAUUGAUCAUGAGAUAUACAGUGUCAUUUUCACUGGCACUCUGUGUACUAAACAUAUUACCAGCAAUCCAAUUAGAUGGACAUUAUGCGCUGACAGCAAUACUAUAUUGGCUGUUUAACAUAAAUAAAGAUAACGAUGAUAGAGAUGAUUUAAGUUUCUAUAUAACUAGCACAUCAACUGAUUCUAAAAGAAAGCUUUUAAGAAUAGAAAAUCUAAUUGUUUAUACUAUAACGGGCUUCGUCGGCCGUAUAAUAGAAAAAAAAGCGAUUGAUGAGAAUGUAAGAAGAAUAUAUAUCUACGGAGCAGAAAACAGCAAAGUCCUCCCAACCAAAUUUCUUCUAAAGUUAAUACAACAAUGUUGGAACGCGAAUCCAGAAAAUCGACCUGAUAGUAGUUAUAUUGGUGCGGAAUUAGCUUUUGGAAAACCUGAAAGGCUUAAUUUAAUUAAGCCUGAAAAUUCAAACCAACAAACCAAAAUUAGUUUACGAUCACAUGAAAAGGCGAUUUACACUAGUAGAUUUAUGAAUUUUAAAAAUCUCCCUGAACCUACGAAUGCUAUAAUUUAUGAUACUCAACAACUUAGUCUCAAUUUCUGA